UAGAAAAUCCCCUUUGGGGUUUUCUCCCAGAUUUGCCCUAAACCAGGACAGGGUGGUGGGGAGAGGGGGAGCCCCAAGUGCCUGGACUGGGGGGAGGCUGGAGAGGGGGACCCUUGUACUGCAAAACCCCCCAGCAUCCCUAAGCAGGACCCUGGAGAAGGGGGAUCCCCAGGACCCUCGAGGAUCCCCAGCAGCCCUGACACGGGGGACACCAGAACCCCAGAGGAAUGAGACUGGAAAUGGGACACUCCUGGUGGCUUUUUUUGAUUCACUCGUGAUUUUUGGAGGUUUUUAUGGACACCAGGAGACUUCUGGAAAUGGAUUUGGGCAGGAGGAAUCCCCAACCCAAGGUGUUCACACCUUGUUUUUCCCCACACCAGGAUUUCCCACUCCCAAACUUUGGCUGCAUGGAGGAGGAGGCUGUGAGGAAGAUGGCCCAGGACACCGAGGCAGAGCAGGAGCUGAGGAUGGAGAGCAGGGAGGACAAAUCCCCCAGCAGAACAUCGUGGAAGAGGCUGUUUUGAGUGGCUCCAUGGCAGAGGAAUCGAAUGGGGAGGAAAAGCCCCAGAGAUCCCACAGGAGGAGGGGCUGCAAACGCAGAUCACGGGGAUCUGAGGAGGAAAGACCCACCCUGUGCUGGGAAGGUGGGCAGAGUUUCAGCCAGGGAUCAGAGCUGGUGGUCCGUGAGCAGCCUCAUGACAGGGAGAGGCCCUACGAGUGCUCGGAGUGUGGGAAGAGCUUCAGGAAGAAUUUCAACCUGAUCUGCCACCAGAGGAUCCCCACUGGGGAACGGCCUUACGAGUGUGGGGAGUGUGGGAACAGCUUCAGCCACAGGUCUGACCUGAUUGUCCACCAGAGGAUCCACACUGGGGAACGGCCUUACGAGUGUGGGGAAUGUGGGAACAGCUUCAGCCAGAGGUCCAACCUGAUUGUCCCCUGGCGCAUCCACACCGGGGAGAGGCCCUACGAGUGUCCCCGGUGUGGGAAGAGCUUCUCAGACCGCUCAUUCUUUACCCGGCACCAGCGGAGGCACCGGUAAGGGAAGCCCUGCGAGAACCCCACCUGCAGGAAGAGCUUCGUGUGCUGCUCCAGCUCCAUCCCCAUCAGAGGACCCACCCUGGUCAGAGCCCUGGUGACCCACAUGCCCUGUGAUACACAGAGGGAAGUGGCUGCUGUUAUUUUAUUUUGCCUAUUAUUAUCUUUUAUAUUCCUCCCUUCAAAACACAGAAAAUUGGGGUUAAAAUCAACAAAUUCAUCAAAAGCA